AUGGAUCAGAAUAACAUGAAUAAGUUCUUUAACUCAUCGUUCUUUGCACAGACACCACAGAAGGAUAACAAGCAGGGGCAAUUUCCCGGGAUGCAACAGACUUCUAUUUUCGGUCAACCUCAAUCUGGAUUUGGUACCUCCCAGAAUCCUUUUCUUCAAGGGUCUGGAGGAGUGAAAAGCAAUACGUUUGGGACAUCUACAGGAUUUGGAGCGGCACCCUCGUUUGGAAGUGGAGGGGCCACGGGCUCUGGAGGGUUUGGGCAGCCUUUUUCAAGUCAACAGCAGCCCUCAACCUCAUUAGCAAGAUUUGGAUCUACUGGGACUCUUGGAACAGGAGGCAAUAUAUUUGGAUCUACCUCGAGUGCAUUAGGAGGUAGUCAGACGCAGUUUGGAGGGUCUAAUAAUAGUACCACCUUUGGAACUCAACAGCCAAGUAAUGCUUUUGGAUCUGGAGCUCAGAAUGUAUUGCAACCGUUUUCCGCAGGGGCCUCAACAUCAGCUCAGCCUAGUAUAUGGGGGCAGUCGACUAGUUCAUAUAAUCCAUUUAACAGCGGCCAGAGCCCCACUUUUUCCAAUGGAGGAAGUAAUGCUUUGAACAAAACUUUCCCUGGACUUGGGGCAAGUAACAGUGGAACCCGGGAUCAUCCUUACAUACAAAGAAAAAUAAGGGAGGAUAAUGGAGGUGAAGUGACUUUGAUGCAUAUCAAUGGCAAUGAAAGCUAUAUGCAAAAACCUGUUGAAGAGCUUAGGGUUGAGGACUACAUGCUUGGAAGAAAGCCUAUGACGAGUAGCAUGGUGGAGCCUAAGAGCACCUCUAGUUUUGGCUCUUCCUUUGGAGGAUCUAUGCCUUCUUCUACAGUCAAUAAGCCCCAGGCAAAUAGUAUUUUUGGGGCUACACCUCCAAGUAACUCGUUUCAACCAUUUAUUUCAACAGGGAAUACAAAGUCUCAACAGGAUCCUACAACGCCCAACUUUGGAAACAUCACAUCACAGCAAUCAUUAUUUACGCACCAUACGGCUCCUUCGAGUACACCGAGCCAGCCAUUUGGGUCGUCUGUCCAAGCAUCUCCGAGCAUGGCCAGUGGGAACCCGUUUCUUGCGAAUGCACAACAAUCUCAAGUAGGGUUUGGGUCUGUUGGAAUGCCCCCUCAGCCAUCUAUUUCCAAUAACCUUUCAUUUAUGCAGGCACAGCCAUCAUUAGCACCUGUACAGCAAUCAUUCGGGAGCCCAACGGGAUCUUUCGGAGGUUGUGGGCAGCUGAAUCUGCAACAAACAAAAAUAGAUCCAUCCGACCCAUUUCUUCUGAAAGACAUCAAGUUCGAAAAGACUGAAAAGGAACACCUUCCCUUGAGCAAGGUGCUUCCAAAACCAAUAUUUAAAGAGGAGACGAAGCCCCGAAAAAUAUCUCUGAGCUUCCGCCCUCCAAAACCUCCUGCAAAGGAGAAGAUAUAUACGAUUCCCCCGAUAGAAGACAUCAAGCAUAUGAGAGAGGUUCAUAACCUGAUUAUAGGUUUUGAAGACAAGGGAAGGAUAGAGUAUCUUGACACAGUGAAUGCAUCUGAGAUCACUAUGGCAAACAUCCAGUCAAAAAUUUACUUUUCCAAAGAAUCUGUUGUAGUUAACGAUCCUGUUGGGGUGGGAUUAAACAGGAGGGCCCGUGUGUAUGUAGAAGGUGUUUUCCCCUAUAGUAGAAGCCUAGGAGAUUAUAUCAAAGGCGAGCAGAAGCAGUUCCCAUUAAAGGGGAUUCAGGAAAGAUUCGUAUAUGGGCUGAAGAAUGAUACGGUGAAGAAGUUUGUUGGAUACGAAUAUGAGAGAGGAACAUAUGUCUAUGAUGUUAAUCACUUCUAA